CUUGGUUGGCCCCACAAUCUCAAAUUUUUCCACGAAGCUAAGCUAGAAUAAAAAAAUAUCCAAAAGUAAAAUCAAGCCGAACCUAGCUUAAUUAGUCGAUUACUUUUUCAAAAACUCAAUAGGCUGGAAUCCCAACCGACCAUUUGUGGGUGCUAAGAAGAACAGCAUCAUCAUGAAGCACGGUGCAUCGACCCCAUGAAGAAGCAGCAUCCUUCCGUGUCCAUCAUCUGUGCACGUGCGAGCCAUAUUUCCCCGAUCCCUCCCCACUUGUUUUUCUCCAACUGUUUCUCAUCUUACAGAACCCUGAAGACUCUCAUUUCCCACGAUUUUUUCGCCAUGAUUUCGUUGGAUCGAACCAUUUUUCUGGUAACAAACACACAUUCUACUCAUUGCCCACCUAACUUUAGAUUAUACCUAUUUUCGAAAAGCCACAAACUUUACAUUCUUCUAUUUCUCACAUCGGUCAGUGGAAUAGUGAAAAUCUUUGGAGGAAGAUUGUUCUCAAUUUGGGCAUUUGGGUUUCUGGUUUUGGAACGUAUUGAAUCUUUGUGGGUUUUGUUUGAGCAGAACAAGAGGGGCAUUUCCAGUUCUUGUAGUCCUGUAUCUCAGAGAAGGCACUCGGAAUUGUUGAAGGUUUGUUCUGUGAGAUCGGAGGGAGGGCGAGUUGAAAGGCGCCGCAGCGCUGUGAUGGGGAGCUCGUUGAAGGACUCGGUGGUUGCGUCGGACCUCGUAUCCGCCGUCAGUGGCGGGGUUCAUGACGUGUACGGCGAGGAUAGGGCCACGGAGGACCAGUUUGUCACUCCCUGGACUGUCACUGUUGCUAGUGGAUGUAAUUUACUGCGUGAUCCACAUCACAAUAAAGGCCUAGCCUUCACAGAGAAAGAGAGAGAUGCUCACUACUUGCGUGGUCUUCUUCCUCCUUCUGUCAUCUCUCAAAAUCUUCAGGUAAAGAAGAUGUUAAACAAUAUCCGCCAAUAUCAAGUUCCUCUGCAGAGAUACAUGGCCAUGAUGGAUCUUCAGGAAAGAAAUGAAAAGUUGUUUUAUAAGCUUCUCAUUGAGCAUGUUGAGGAGUUACUUCCAGUGGUGUAUACUCCAACUGUAGGGGAAGCAUGCCAGAAAUAUGGAAGCAUCUUCAGGCGACCGCAGGGUCUUUACAUUAGUUUGAAAGAGAAAGGGAAGAUCUUAGAGGUUUUGCGAAACUGGCCCGAGAUGGGUAUUCAAGUCAUUGUUGUCACGGAUGGUGAGCGGAUCUUGGGGCUUGGUGAUCUUGGCUGUCAGGGCAUGGGGAUUCCAGUUGGAAAGCUUUCCCUCUACAGCGCCCUUGGCGGCGUUCGUCCUUCUGCAUGCUUGCCUGUGACCAUUGAUGUUGGUACAAACAAUGAGAAGUUGUUGGACAGUGAGUUCUACAUCGGGCUCAGGCAAAAGAGGGCUACUGGUCAGGAAUACGCCGAUCUUGUCCAUGAAUUCAUGACUGCGGUCAAACAGAAUUAUGGAGAGAAAAUCCUCGUUCAGUUUGAGGACUUUGCAAACCACAAUGCCUUCGAUCUGUUAGAAAAAUAUGGCAAGACACACCUUGUUUUUAACGACGAUAUUCAGGGGACAGCAUCUGUGGUCCUUGCAGGGCUUGUUGCAGCUCUGAAGUUUGUUGGUGGAACAUUGGCUGACCAUAAAUUCCUAUUUCUUGGGGCUGGGGAGGCUGGCACAGGGAUUGCUGAACUCAUUGCUUUAGAGAUGUCAAAAAAGACGAAUACGCCUUUGGAAGAUGCUCGCAAGAGAAUCUGGCUUGUGGAUUCAAAGGGUCUGAUUGUUAGUUCUCGCAAGGAAUCACUCCAACAGUUCAAGAAACCUUGGGCACACGAGCACGAACCGAUUAAGGAUCUUGUUGAUGCUGUGAAGAAUAUCAAACCAACAGUGUUGAUUGGGACGUCGGGCGUGGGAAGGACGUUUACGAAAGACGUUGUGGAGGCCAUGGCUGCCAUUAACAAGAAGCCAAUAAUUCUUGCUCUUUCAAACCCCACUUCGCAGUCUGAAUGCACUGCUGAAGAGGCUUAUCAAUGGACUGAGGGCCGUGCCAUUUUCGCCAGUGGCAGUCCAUUUGACCCUGUUGAAUACAAUGGAAACGUCUUUAUACCUGGACAGGCAAAUAAUGCUUAUAUUUUUCCUGGAUUUGGUCUGGGAUUGAUCGUGUCUGGUACCAUCCGCGUUCAGGACGAAAUGCUCCUAGCAGCCUCGGAAGCUUUGGCUGCACAGGUCACACAAGAGAACUAUGAAAAGGGACUCAUAUACCCUCCAUUUACCAACAUCAGAAAGAUUUCAGCACAUAUUGCUGCAAAAGUAGCUGCAAAAUCUUAUGAACUUGGUUUGGCAACUCGCCUUCCUCAACCGAAGGACUUGGUGAAGCAUGCCGAGAGCUGUAUGUACAGUCCUUCCUAUCGAUGUUAUCGGUGACGGUGAAGCAGCCGAUGUUUCUCCAGUUCUGCCUUCCAUUUUUGGGUUCAAAUCACAUAUACAGAUAAGUUUUUGUCAUUCAUUUGUUCUUCCCACCAUCUUCUGUCCUGAAAGUUAUUUGAUGGGAUGAGAAGGCAGGUGGGUUCUUAUAGCUGAGGUCAAGAGAUCAAAAAUAUAUAUUUAGUCCGUAAAAGUUCAAACUCCUACCUAUUUUGUGGGAAAUAAAGACUUUUAAUUUAGUCAUUUA